AUGGGUUAUUUGAAGACUCCCAAAUUCUCGAGGCCAAAGCUGACUCGCGAGUCGCUUGGCUUGACCACAUGGGUUCAAUAUGACAAGUAUAACCCUCGUUCUGAACACUCUACGGAUGCGAGAAAGUCACUGGCGGACCUGGACUAUUCUCCUCUGCGCCGGAUAACAUGGCCAUCGUUCUGGAUGGGCAUUCUUAUCUCGAUGGGUGGGUUUAUCUUCGGUUAUGACACAGGUCAAAUUUCGGGUUUCCUCGAAAUGCCAGACUUUCUAGAGCGUUUUGGUCAGCGCCAUUCCGACGGUACCUUCUACUUUAGCAAUGUCCGGGCCGGUCUGAUUGUCGCUUUGCUCUCGGUUGGUACACUAUUCGGUGCCCUGAUCGCCGGCCCCAUUGCAGAUAUCAUCGGUCGAAAGCCUAGCGUGACCUUUUGGUGUGGAAUCUUUUGCGUGGGCAAUAUAGUCAUGAUUUCGUCUGAUCACCACUGGUACCAGAUGAUGAUGGGUCGUUUUGUGGCUGGUCUCGGCGUGGGCUCGCUGUCUUUGCUUGUGCCGAUGUACAUGGCUGAGACGGCUCCUCGUCAUAUUCGUGGUGCCCUGAUCUCCACUUAUCAGCUCUUCAUCACCUUUGGUAUUUUCUUCGCAUCUUGCAUUAAUUUUGGAACGUACGAACACCAACGCGGCAAUUCUGGGUCCUGGAGAAUCCCACUAGGCGUCGGGUUCAUCUGGCCACUCAUCUUAGGUGCUGGCGUGCUGUUGUUCCCCGAAACUCCUCGCUUCGACUUCCGCAAAGGCCAGACAGAGAGAGCCAAGGAAACCAUGCUGAAGGUUUACGGAGCACCACCGAACCACUAUAGCGUCCACCUGGAGCUGGAAGAGAUCGAAGCAAAACUACGUGCCGAAGCUGCUCAAGAAGGAUUUGUCCGAGAAUGGGUUCAUAUGUUCUCCGCCCCAAAAAUGGGCCAGCGCAUCGCUUUGGGGAUGCUCCUACAGAUGUUUCAGCAGCUUACAGGUGCAAAUUACUUUUUUUAUUAUGGCACUACAAUCUUCCAGGCUACUGGGAUCAACAACUCCUAUGUCACCCAGAUGAUCUUGAACGGCAUCAACUUCGGCUCCACAUUCUAUGGCCUGUACAUUGUCGAGCAUUAUGGUCGUCGCAAAUCACUGAUGGUUGGAGGCCUGUGGAUGUCCGCCAUGUUCUUCAUUUUUGCCAAUGUCGGACACUUCUCCCUCAACCGUGACGAUCCUCAAGCCACCGAGUCUACUGGCACAGCUAUGAUCGUAAUCGCAUCGUUCUUCAUUUUUGGCUUUGCUACUACGUGGGGACCAAUGGUUUGGACCAUCUGCGCUGAGUUAUAUCCAAGUCGCUACCGCGGGAAAGGCUUAGCACUCAGCACGGCAAGCAACUGGGGGUGGAACUUCCUGAUCGCCUUCUUUACACCGUUCAUUACCGGCGACAUCGACUUCCUGUACGGCUACGUGUUCGCCGGUUGCAACCUGGUCGGUGUGCUGUUGAUUUACUUCUUCGUCAUAGAAGGUCAAGGCCGCACACUCGAGGAGAUCGACACCAUGUACAUCACGGGUGUCCAGCCGUGGAAGAGCUCCAAGUGGAUCCCACCCUCGGCAGAAGAAAUUGCGAAGAUCAGGAGAGAGGCCGGCACCGUCGAUGCAGCCGAAGCCGGUGAGAUCACGCCCGCACCCGCUACGGCCGCUGAUGUCCCCCGAGACAGCGAGAGCACCGAAGCUGAGAAGGAGCUCGAGCACCGUGCCUAG